AGCCCUAAAAAAUCAUCAUUAGAUUGGUCCACGUUUUGGCUAAAAUGGUGGAUACACAGUUGUCUAGUGCCUUGCGGGAUUUGCCCAAUAGGGUAUUAAACGUUCACGUGGAGGAGCGGCAGCAAUUGUUUCAAAAUGUUUCUGCUGUUCUGAAAAAUCCAGGGAUUAAUUCAACGAUAAUUCGAGGGAUAUGUAAAGUGAUUGCUACAACAAUAAACAAAUACAAGGAUCUUCAAUCACAACUCAUCGUUCGGAGCCUCGUGGCUGAUCUUGUCACUAUUCAUCAUGAUUUGACAGUAGAACAUAUGUUAAAUGUCUUCAAAACACUUUUGUUUAAGGAAUUUAAUACGGUUUCCCCACAAAAAUCUUGUAAGCCGGCUGUUGUCGCAUUGGGAUGGAUUGCUGUAAUAUUAAAGCUUGCAAAUCGCCAAUCAAAUAUUUAUAAAACCGAAAAAGCAAGAUUGAUUGAGUAUCAAACAUUGCUAUAUCAAAUGACUUUAUUGGGGCCACAUCAACGCUUUGUCGAUGCAUCAACGAAAAUAAUAUUUGAUUUAUGGUUGGAUAGUAGCACUACUUAUGAUGAAACUCUGGCCACAAUAUUUCAAAUGGAGUUAAAUACAAAUGCGACCAUUAUGAUAAUGGUUAUGAUCAAAUUUGAAGCUAAGAGUAGCAAAUCCAUUAUAUUGAGAUCACAUACAGAAAAAAUUGUGGAAUAUUUUGUCAAAAGCAUGAUUUCAUGCAAAUACAAACCCGACAAGUCGUUCAUUCUGGCUUGUCGUCCAUUGUUGGAAUCACUUGCUGAAUCCGAAUUUGAUUUUCAUAUAUAUCCUCCUUUAAAAAGGUCUAUAUUGCGAAGCCCUGAAAAUACUCUAGAAAGUAUUGGAUUAAUUUUUGACAUGGUUAAUAUUGAUUGUAGUCGGUACGCUUGCGAAAUAGGAAAAGUUUUAAUUAAGAACUUAUACAGCAAGGGUGACAAUACACGACGCGAAUCGCUUGAAUCGUUGAAACUUCUUUCGCAAAAAUGCUCUGAUGCCAUUAUUAUUAAAGAAUUAUUGGAAGAAAUUUUUUCUGUGUUAAACGGCGCUGAUGGAAAAAUAAACGUAGUCGAAUACAGGCUCAAUUUAAUACAGGGAGCGGGCUUUUUAAGUUUUAACAACAUAAGCCAGGACCAAUGUUUAACCGUUUUAGAUGAGGCAGUGAACUUGUUUUGGAAGGCUUUGGAAUGUGAGACACAGGAAAAAGUUAUUUGCUGUACUUUAGACAUGUUUGCCUUAUGGACUCAAAAGCUACGAAAUGAGCUUCCCAGUGUUAUUAUUAAUAUCUUUAAAACUGGAAUUCAUCAAAAGAACACAAAUCAAAUCAUAAGGCAAAGUUAUCUGGAAUGGCUUCUUCUAUCUAUACAAAAUACAACGGCUAACAAUCACAGUUCCAUUGUACCAGAUCUAAUCUCUUUGUAUACUAAAGCCUUAGUUAAUGCUUCCCAAUUAUGUCACGCAUCAGAAGCAGCCUGCAUUGCCUGUAUUCUUCUGAUAUUAGAGAAGCCUACCGAGAACUACAGCCACUUUUGGACAACGGUGUUUGAUAUGAACAAACAGUAUUUCUACAAUGAAAAGUUUAUUGCAACAGCACCAACUGAGACGCUGUGUCAUAUUUCAUUAAUGGCAAGAACGCUGAUUUUAUCAUAUUCAGAAAAAAUUAAAUAUCAGUUUGGCCCAUUAAUCCGGACGUUAGUUCAUAACUUGUGUAGCAAUUCACUUAAGGUGCGAAAUUUUACAAAAAUUCAGGUAAUGAAAAUUAUUAGAGCCCCUAAAGGUGUCGACUUUGUUAAAUUAGCGCUUAAUGAAUUUAGUAAACGCAUUAAUACGGUGAACAUUCAAAAUGAAGGCGAGAAUUGUAUUGACCAGUUUGGAAUCCCAACACAAGCAUACGUAGACACAUUACAAGUUUUGACUGACUUACAGAAUAUUAGUUAUGAAGACUCUGUCGAGGUUGCCAUGCAACUACUUCUUAUUUCCCACCAUCCGGCUAUCGUAAUCAAUAAUCCUUUUUUUUGGGAAACCACCAUAUUAAAUAAUUUUCGGCUCAAACCAGAAAAUUUAAUUUCAUGUAAGAAAAAUAAUAUUGUUGUUGAAUAUAUCGAGAAUUUUAUAGUUUGUGCGUCUUACGAAAAUACCAUAUCAACAUUGGUGCGCCUUAGUCCCGACCUUAUUGUUCCCAUCAUUAUAUUUCAUUUUAAAAAGUAUCUUCUUGAUUCGGACAAUUAUAGUAUAACUAAUGAGGAAUUCUUAACAUAUAUGACACCAGAUGGUGAAUUGUAUGAUAAAACUGUAAUCCCACAUGUAGACUCACAAUAUGCUACAACUCGUGUCAAACGAGAAAAUAAAGUUUACAGCUAUAAAGAACAGUUAGAAGAGAUUGAGCUUCGUCGCGAAAUUGAUGAAAAACGACAAAAAGAGGGUAAAUCUAAGACGACUAAACUUACCCAAAAGCAAGAGGAACAAAUUAAAAAUCAAACAGAAAAAGAGCUACGCAUCAAGUUACGAGUUAAAAAUUUGAAUGAAAGACUGCUUUGUAAAAUAUGCUUACUUAAAGCUUCAAUUUGUGGAAAUGGAAAAUAUGUUUCUUUAUAUUUUUACACAUUUUUAAAUGAUAUCUUAAAAGCCACGGGAAGCCCACUUAGCGCAGAAGCUCUGACUGAACUUUAUAUAUCCUUGCACACCAUUUGUUUCAAAAAUCAGCCAAAACUUGCCCGGGAUAUUGCGAUCGCGACAGUUAAACUUCAAAAACCUUCGUGUAAUUUAAAAGAUGAAUAUAAUUCUAUAGAUUUACACAAAGCAAUCGAAGAAAUUAUGUCUACUCUGGAAGACCAUACCAAUUCAAAACAUUUGGACUCUUCAUCAUUUUCAUAUGCCUUUGAAUUUCUUCGACGAGCAUUAUUAUUUUUAAAAUGCGACUCAAAUAAUAAACUCAUCUCUAUAGGCAUACAAAUGAUCGGUAUUCACGCGCAAGUUCGAGAUGAAACUUCAGAUUGUGAACCAAAGUUUUUGCCUAGGCUGGGUAUGUUUGAAACAUUAUUGAAUAUAUUUGAAAAUAAUAAAAAUCAAACCCAAACGGCCUGGGCAAUUUUAGAAGUUGCGAAAUCUUCCACCGGAGCUGCUAGCCCGGAUAACCAUAUAAUUAUGGUAUUUUUAGAAGCAUUGCAAUGUAAUAUAGACUCUGUAAGAAACAUUGCAUUGCGUGCAUUAAAAAUAAUGAUAGAAGCCAUUGUUAAUCAUUUAAAAGUUCACAAUGACCUUCAAAAAGAAAUUAUUGUCAGGCUUUGGAUAGCCAAAUUCGAUGUUGCUGGUGAAAAUAGAGAUCUGGCCGAAAUUGUCUGGAAUAUGGCUAAUCUACCUCUCCCAGAGUUUAGUGAAAUUAUAUUUAAUAUCACACACUAUGAACUGUGUAUCCAAAAGGCAGCUGCAGAGUCACUAAUUCCACUUAUAAAGACUGACGAAACGUUAGUUCAAAGUGGAAUAAAGAAAUUAUUAGACAUUUACAAUGAAAAGCUUUCACUUAUACCUCCUGUAGUGGAUCAAUUUGACCGUGAAAUCGAGCCAGCAACAGACCAAUGGAAAGCACGAAGAGGUGUUGCGUUUGCAUUUUCCCAAAUGGCCCCAUACUUAUCUGUUGAAGAUAUUAAUUUCAUUAUGCAUUUUAUGGUAUCCCAGGGUCUUGGAGAUCGUGAGGAUAUCGUGCAUAAGGAAAUGUUAGCGGCUGCAUUAAAGAUCGUUGACAUACAUGGUAAAGAAACAAUUGUAAGCUUAUUACCUGUAUUUGAAGAAUUUCUUGAUAAAGCACCGAAAUCCCAGAGUUAUGAUAACAUUCGUCAAGCUGUCGUAAUUUUAAUGGGAUCUCUAGCUAGACAUUUAGAAAAAGAUGAUAAACGAAUUGAUCCAAUUGUUAAACGGCUACUAACUGCACUGUCUACUCCGUCUCAACAAGUACAAGAAGCGGUAUCAAAUUGCUUACCUCAUCUAAUUCCUUCCGUAAGAGAUGAAGCUCCAAUUAUGAUUAAAAAACUUCUACAUUCACUAGCAAAGUCAGAUAAAUAUGGUGAGAGACGUGGUGCAGCGUAUGGUAUCGCUGGUAUUGUGAAAGGACUUGGAAUUUUAUCACUGAAGCAACUAGAUAUAAUGUCUAAACUAACAGCUUAUAUUCAAGAAAAAAAAAAUUACAGAUCCCGAGAAGGAGCUUUGUUUGCUUUUGAAGUAUUAUGUACCACACUUGGUCGCUUGUUUGAACCAUAUAUUGUCCAUGUUUUACCACAUUUGUUGCAGUGCUUUGGCGACUCAUCCCAAUACGUCAGACAAGCGGCGGAUGACACUGCUAAAGUAGUGAUGGGAAAGCUUUCAGCUCAUGGCGUUAAACUAGUACUGCCAUCACUUUUAGAUGCUCUUGACGAAGAUUCCUGGAGAACAAAGACAGCCUCUGUAGAGUUGUUGGGUGCAAUGGCAUUUUGUGCUCCAAAACAGCUUUCAUCUUGCUUACCUAGUAUAGUCCCGAAGUUAAUAGAAGUGCUCGGUGAUUCCCACACAAAAGUACAAGAGUCCGGUGCGGAAGCUCUUAAAGUAAUAGGAUCGGUUAUUAAAAAUCCGGAAAUUCAAGAAAUUGUUCCUAUUUUAUUGAAAGCCUUGGAGGACCCGUCUAAUAACACAUCAGCAUGCUUACAAUGCUUACUAAAGACAAAAUUUGUGCAUUUCAUUGACGCCCCCUCAUUAGCUCUUAUUAUGCCAGUGGUUCAAAGAGCUUUUAUGGACCGAUCCACAGAAACAAGAAAAAUGGCAGCACAAAUUAUUGGAAAUAUGUAUUCGCUUACAGAUCAAAAAGAUUUGGCCCCAUACCUACCAAGUAUUAUUCCUGGCCUGAAGUCAUCUUUGUUGGAUCCAGUUCCGGAAGUGAGAGCUGUAUCUGCUCGAGCUCUUGGGGCUAUGGUUAAGGGGAUGGGCGAAACCUCAUUUGAAAAUUUAUUGCCAUGGUUAAUGCAAACUUUAACAUCAGAGUCAAGUAGUGUGGAUCGUAGUGGUGCAGCACAAGGACUCUCUGAAGUAGUUGGUGGGCUUGGAGUCGAAAAGAUGCAUAAACUUAUGCCCGAAAUAAUUUCUACUGCAGAAAGAAUUGAUAUUGCUCCACACGUAAAAGAUGGUUAUAUAAUGAUGUUUAUUUAUAUGCCUGGCGCGUUUCCUGAGGAAUUUACACCCUAUAUCGGACAAAUAAUCAAUCCAAUCCUAAAAGCAUUAGCUGAUGAGAGUGAAUAUGUGCGUGAGACAGCUUUAAAAGCAGGUCAGCGAAUUGUCAAUUUGUAUGCAGAAACAGCUGUAGCGCUUCUUCUCCCCGAGCUUGAAAAGGGACUAUUUGAUGAUAACUGGCGAAUAAGAUAUAGCUCAGUUCAAUUGCUAGGCGAUUUACUGUAUCGCAUAUCUGGCGUAUCUGGAAAAAUGACUACUGAAACUGCUAGCGAAGAUGACAAUUUUGGAACUGAACAUUCACACACAGCUAUUAUUCGUUUUUUGGGUGACGAGCGGCGAAAUAGAGUAUUGUCUGGACUUUAUAUGGGACGCAGUGAUGUUUCUUUAAUGGUUCGGCAAGCUGCGUUGCAUGUGUGGAAAAUAGUUGUAACGAAUACUCCGAGGACUCUUCGUGAAAUUCUUCCUACAUUGUUUGGUUUACUACUAGGAUGUUUAGCAAGCACUAGUUAUGACAAACGACAAGUAGCUGCUCGAACAUUAGGAGACUUAGUAAGAAAACUUGGCGAAAGAGUACUACCUGAAAUCAUACCAAUUCUUGAAAAUGGAUUAAACUCUGAUCACCCGGAUCAACGGCAGGGUGUAUGCAUUGGUUUAUCGGAAAUAAUGGCAUCCACAUCAAAAGAAAUGGUCCUUACAUUUGUAAACAGCUUAGUCCCGACAGUACGUAAAGCUUUGUCCGAUCCUCUACCAGAAGUUCGAGAAGCGGCAGCAAAAACAUUUGAAUCUUUACAUAGCACAGUAGGAUCUCGAGCUCUAGAUGAUAUAUUGCCUUUCAUGCUUGAAGGUCUUUCCAAUCCGGAUCCUCUUAUUGCGGAGAAUACUUUAGAUGGACUGCGACAAGUUAUGUCUAUUAAAUCAAGAGUAGUAUUACCUUACCUCGUUCCCCAAUUAACUUCUCCUCCAGUUAAUACCAAAGCUUUAUCUAUUCUGGUAUCUGUAGCUGGUGAUGCAUUAACGAAAUACUUGCCAAAAAUAUUAUCAGCAUUAUUAGAUGCCUUAUCAGAAUCGUAUGGUUCUGCAAAUGAACAACAGGAGUUAGAUUAUUGUCAAACUGUCAUAUUAUCAGUAACUGAUGAAGUUGGUAUAAGAACAAUAAUGGAUACCUUACUAAUUUCAGCAAACUCGGAUGAUCUAUGCACUCGAAAGUCCUCGGCAAGUUUGCUUUCUGCAUUUUGCAUUCACUCACCAGGUGACUACUCACAAUACAUUCCCCAACUCUUACGUUGUCUACUUGGGCUAAUGGCUGAUCACGAUAAAGACAUCUUACAAAAAUCAUGGGAAGCUUUAAAUGCUGUAAUUAAGGGACUAAAUUCGGCACAACAAAUAGCUCACGUAUCUGAUGUUCGCCAAGCAGUUCGGUUUGCUGCGAGUGAAUUAAAAGAGCCUGAGCUACCAGGAUUUUGUUUACCCAAAGGCAUAACUCCAUUGCUGCCUGUUUUUCGAGAAGCAAUUUUAAAUGGCUUACCAGAAGAAAAGGAAAAUGCUGCUCAAGGGCUGGGUGAAGUUAUUUAUCUCACUAGUGCACAAUCCCUACAACCAUCUGUAGUACAUAUAACCGGUCCAUUGAUUCGAAUACUGGGGGAUCGGUUUAAUGCAGCGGUCAAAGCUGCCGUUUUAGAAACAUUAGCCAUUUUGCUUAACAAAGUCGGUGUUAUAUUAAAACAGUUUUUACCACAGCUUCAGACCACUUUCCUUAAAGCAUUGCAUGAUCAAAACAGAAACGUUAGGAUGAAAGCUGGUAAAGCCCUAUCGGAGCUAGUGGCAAUCCACUCUAGAGCAGAUCCUUUAUUUAACGAAAUUCACAAUGGAAUAAAAAAUACUGAUGAUUCUGCUGUCAGGGAAACAAUGUUGUAUGCUCUUCGUAAUAUUGUGAGUUCUUCUGGAGACAAAAUGUCCGAGUCAAUAAGAAAACAAGUAUUUGCCACCUUAUUAACCAUGGUUGGACAUCAAGAAGAUAUUACUCGAAAUGCUGUUUGCGGGUGCUUAGGAGCUUUGUUGAAGUAUAUGCCAGCUGCACAAAUUGACGAUAUAUUAAAUAAUUUAAUACUUAACAACAAUACAGACGAUAUGCUAAUUAAACAUGGGCACACAGUUAUAUUGUUUGUUGCUUUGAAGGAAUGCCCUAAUGAAGUUCUCACAUCAAACUUAAAUGAAAAAAUAAAGAAAAAUAUAUUGUGUAAUAUUGUAUCAGAAAAAGUGCCAAUUGCUAGUAAUGCUAUUAGAGCUGCCACCUAUCUUUUGGAGCACACUCUUCUUAAUAAAAGUGAGCUUCCUACAACCAUUAUAGUAGCACUAGCUAGAGCAAUGAAUCAUUCUAGUAAUGACGUGAAACAAUUGGUUGCUAAAAGUUGUACACAUCUUUCAAAGAAUUUAACAGCAGAACAAAUUGGGGCAGACGUUUUAAAAUAUUUGGUUCCUAUGUUGGUAAAUGGCACGAAAGAAAAGAAUGGCUACGUGAAAUCCAAUUCAGAAUUAGCCCUUAUUUCCAUUUUAAGACUAAGGACCGACGACUCAACGUAUUCCAGAAUAUCAGAAGUCUUAGAAUCGGGAGCUAAAGAUUCAUUAAGCGAAGUUGUAACAAAAGUUCUAAAACGGGCAGCAGCCCAGUCAGUAGUAAGGGAAGAAGACUUAGACGACACCUUGCAAACCUAAUUUCGACCUAAAUCGUAUACUUAGCACGAUAAAAUAGUAAACAAAAUAUAUAGUCUCAAAAUAGUUAUAAAUAUUGCAAUUUUUAAAUACGUUUUGUAAACAGUAAUAAAGAUUUGUAUAUUA